GCCUUGGCGAGGGCGCGCUCGGCGACUUGGAGCUGCUUGGUGGUCGCGUCUAUGGCUUCCUGCUUCUUGGCCGGCGGGGCGGUGGCGAUGACAUCGUCGAAGACCUUCUUCAGUGUCAGAUUCACCUCGUUGAUCUUCUUGUCAGCUUCUGGGGACGAUUGCUGAGGCACUGGUGGCGAAGGAGCGGCUUCCACGGCGGCUGUGAUGGUAGCAACAAGGAUGAUUAGUAGGAGGAUCAUCACGGCGAGGUCGUCGCGGUCAAGGACUUGUUUGAUCAGAAGCCGAGAAGGAAUUCAAGGUGGAGGUAGAAGCCAUCGGCAAAGUGAGGCACAAGCACCUUGUCGGUCUCAUCGGGUACUGUGCGGAAGGCCCUAAACGGAUGCUCCUUUACGAGUUUGUCGAAAACGGCAACUUGGAGCAGUGGCUGCAAGGCGACGUCGGGCCUGUCAGCCCCUUGACGUGGGAGACACGGAUGAAUAUCGCCGUCGGAACGGCCAAAGGGUCCAUUAGAUUUGGGAAGCUUCAAGGUAUCGAAAGUAGCAUGUUAUUUUAUCACACAACUGCUGGAGAUCAAAAUUAUCAGACAACCAAACGCAAUGUUCUGAAUAAAGAGUUUCCAAGAGGGGUCGAUGUCAUAUACGAAACAGUAGGCGGGGAAACAUUUGAUGUGUGUCUGAAUGCUCUAGCAGUCUAUGGACGUAUCAUUGUAAUUGGUAUGAUCUCUCAGGCUGGAUUUUUUCUGAUUCAAUAUGCGCACCUGUGGAAAGAUCAUCUUGAAAAACUGUUUAACCUGUAUGCUUCUGGAAAGCUAAAGAACAAGUGCAGAGGAGGGAAACCUUGGCCUUCUGAGUUCAGAGAGUUCUCCACGGAGACGGGGGCGGACGCUAAACUCCAGAAGGGAUACGCGGAGGCGACCGCGUGAGCGAUGUCCACGGCGGGGACGGUGGCGAGCGGCUGUCGACGGAGGGCACGGAGUGACCGACGAGGGCCAAGCACUCCUCGGCAGCUGCCACAAUGCCGCGGGUGGGGGCAAGCCUGUAGGAGCGACGGGCCCUUAGCGUUGAGCGCAGGUGAGGUCAGGCCACCGGCGGGGCCGCGCGAGGGCGAGGCGGCGGCGGCGUGUGCGAUGGCGAGGGCGAGGUCACGGCGAGUUGUGUCCUUCCAUGUGUGCGUUUGGGCAUUACGUGAUGGCGCAGGCCGACCGGCGGUGGUAGCGGCGCGAGAUGGCGAGGGCGAGACGGCGAGGGCGAGAUGGCAGCGGUGGGUUGCGGCCUUUUUUUGCGAUUGUGCUGGGCGGCCUUGCGGGGAGGGGUUGUGUGGGAGGGGUGCGUAAUUACUAUAGUAACCUUCCACUCUUUAAAUUAAUUAGAGUUAAUAAUUUGAUUAGGAACCAAGAGGUACCAAGAGGUACCCCCAACCACAGUAAAAGAGCUCAUGAGAAAUAUAGUUAUUCUACUAAAUUUGAGAAAUAACCUGGAUCACACCAUCUAAAAUAAGCUGAUUCCCCAAACCAAAUGCUCUAGAAAGGUUUCUGCUCCCCAUAAUUUUUCAGUAUGCGGAAAUGUGGAGUAUCCAAAAAAAACUUUUGUAGUAUAUGCUCUAUACUAAAUAGCAAUAUAUUACUAUAAGCAUUAUAGGGAUAAUAAGAUGUGUGCAUACAAAAAAAAUUGGUGUCUUUAUUGUAUUUGAAAAAAAAAACACUAUUACUCCUCCAUUCCAAAAUAUAAGAUGUUAUGACUUUUUGAUACAUAACUUUUAUAUGCACUUAGACUAUCUCCAACAGAGCCGACCCAAACUGAGACCUUUCACACGUUUAGGUCACACACAACAAAUGAGCAACACACCCAAAACUAGCAUACUCCAACAGCGAACACAAAUCCUCGCCGAGCGCCGCCCCUCCUUCUCUCCCUUCUACCUCGGCACCGCCCCUCCCUCUCUCCCCUCCAUCGUUGAACACGACAUCUCUUCCUCCUCUCCCUUUCGGAUCCGGCGGUCGCGGGCGAGGAGCAGCCUGGAUCUGGCGGCCGCAUGUGAGGGAGUAGCUCAGAUCCGCCACCGCUGGCUUCCCAAUUCGACGUCGAGCUCUGCCUGCCUCCCACCCUGCCAAGCUUCGCCCGCCUCCCCGUCGAGCGCCACCACCCGCCUCUAACCGCGCCUCGUUGUCGCCGGGCCCACCACUACAAGUGUGUUUCAUUUGUGCCGUCGUCCAGAGAGGACGUUUUUUUUGCGUGUCGAUUCGAUCGAUAGGCAAAAUAGGUCAUCUGUUUGGAUCAUCUAUUGGAAGGUAUUUCUAGGUAGGCAAAGCAUUUUGCAGGACCUAUUUUGGGUAUAGGUUGUGCUGUUGGAGACGGUCUUAGAUAUACAAUAUGGCUAAACACAUGUUGAAAAUAAUAUAUCUAGAAAAGUCAAAACGUUUUAUAAUUUUGAAUAGGGGAGGUAUUAAAUUAAAGAUGGUUGGUUUUGUGGAUGACCGGUUUGGCUAGUAUGAGAGUAUAGAAACUUUUACAGAACACACAAUCACCGUGUGCAAAAAGGAACCAAGAGCUAUGAUAACAAAAAUGUUCCUAUACUUGCACUUACAAAAAGGGAAUCCCUGAAUGCGGAGAACCUGAAGGCAUUUCAGAACAACGAUUUCCGCUUUUCCAACGAGACAUUGUAAGUGGAGAAAGGAGGGAUACCUGGCCUGCGACUCUACCUAUUUUGUUCUUGCAAAUUGGACAAUAGUUGAAUACGAGCAACAGUCAAACUUCGAAGUUUAAUUUGGAUGUAUACGGUUGGUGUAGACUGAUACAUCGAUUCACUCUUGUCCAAUUGAUUAUAAGUAAAAAAAACAGUUGAGCGGAAUUGGCGAAAAGUUAGGAGGCACCAAUUAAUCAAAUAACAAAAGAGAGAGAGAA